AUGAAUAAACAGGGAAUUAAACUCACCAUUUGCCUCGUCAUUUUCUUCAAAAUAAAGAGUUUCCUUUUUAAAGAGGUCAACCAUGCACAGACGCACACGCUGAAACGACGUUGCGGUUUCGCAACCGUAGGUAACACGCGGAGAAGGAGAAAAAUCCUGGUUCAGUACAUUCACGCGGAGUGGCCAUCACACGGUUCGCCACAAAAAGGAGGGCGAACAAAUCGAGGUAGACUUAACAAUCUCACACCGCAUAACCCCCCGUUUUCCGAAGAACCGAGCCAAAAUGAUGAAGUGCAGGACUCCUCCUCCCAUAAGUGGGAAAUCCACGAUGAAGAAGAAAACAAAUUCAUCGGCAGAACCUUCGAAGGGAUCACCAUAUACCCCCUGCAACAACCGGGUGAGGAUCAGAACAUACUGAGGACUAAAAUACCAUCCAGGGAAUUCAAGCCAAAGAGAAGUUUGGGGCAGAAUUAUUUAAAGGAUGAAAAUAUUAUAAAGAAAAUGGUCAGUGCGAUUGAGCUGGAUGCUGAUGCUUCUUAUCUGAGGAACAAUCGGGUUGGCAGUCGGGAAGGGGGGGGGGCGAAGAAGGCCAAGGGAAAGGGGAAGCGAAAGGACAAACGGAAAGAGAAGCGGAAGGACAAGCGGAAGCAGCCGAAGAAUCGGACCGAGCACGGCUCAGAUGACGACGGCGACAAGGGAGUUGCCGAGGCGAAUGAGAGCGCCGUGAACCCGGAUGAUUACGCUGCGAACCCGGAUAAUGACGCCAUAGAAAUAGACAGUCGAGCUCUGUCCGUACUCAGCAGAACCAUGCCAGGCUUUGACUUCAUCCACGACGAUGUCUUGCAAAUCAAUUAUAAAGAACUCUCCCAAAGUAAAGGAACAAAGUUAACCGUAAUAGGAAACUUACCCUUUUACAUCACGUCGCAAAUAUUGUUCUGCCUCCUCGAUUACCACCAUUACAUCGAACAGGCAAUCGUAACAAUUCAGUACGAAGUCGGCCAGAGAAUUAUCUCCAAAGUGAAUGAAAAAAACUACUCCAUAUUAAGUAUCCUCUUUAAUUUGUACUCAACGCCCUAUUUGCUUUUUAAAAUUCCGAGCGGUGCCUUCUACCCCGUUCCAAAGGUAGAAGCAGCUGUGAUGAAGAUUAUUUUUAGACAUUACAACCUGAACUGUAAUUUACUUUUUUUAAAAGAGAUUUUACGGCAUUCGUUUCAGCAGAGGAGGAAAAAACUCAAGUCCAGUUUGAAGAGGCUCCUUGCGAAAUAUUCCACCACAAAGGAGCUUCAGCUUCCACCAUCUGUUUGUCAUUUGAGACCCCAGCAAUUGACUCCUCCGCAACAAAGGUGUGGCGAAAGAAAAAGCACGGAGAUUGAUCACUCCUUCUGGAAGUGA